UUUGGAAGGAAACUAAUCAUUUUUGUGCCAAAGUACUAUAUCCGAGCCACGCCUUGUUGAGCUCCGGCCUUUCACUGUACUCGAGCAAGGGUGGCUUCAGCAAUUAUAGCUUUGAGCGAUCGAAAACCAUUUCGCCCUUUCGAAUCAGAAGAACAAGACGAUCUCGAUCUCUGGAGGCGAUCGUCUCCCCGCUCCUGCUGCAAAUCGAGAUCCCCGAUUCAAUCAAUCGCAGUCCCGAAUUCCUUGCUCGGAUUCUUCAGACAACGAGGCCCACGGCGCUGGUUCUCCGGCGGCGAUGAAUUCCGCGACCGAAACCGCUGUCGGCGAGGUGUUCGAGGAAAUGCCGCAAGAGAAGAGGGCGAGAACCGACGCGGGGGACGAGGACCCGCCGUGGUCGUCGUGGGCGGGCCUCCAGCCGGACGCCCUGGGCGUCGUGCUCAGCUUCCUCCCCUGCCUCGCCGACCGCGCCCGGGUGCGGUCCGUGUGCCGCCAGUGGCGCGCCGCCGCGCGAGGCCGCGGCGUGGCCCCGCCGCUGCCCCUGCUGGUGCUCCCCAGGUUCAGGUUCGCGGGGCUGACCCCCGGGGGCGUGCUGGCGCCCGCGCGGCGCGCCUGGAUGCCGCCGGAGCUCGACGCCGACAACGCCUACUGCGUGGGCUCUUCCGACGCGUGGCUCAUGGGCGCCGCCGGCCCGGCCGGCGGCGAGUGCUUCCUGGUGCACGCCUUCUCCCACGAGGUGCGCCGCCUGCCGCCCUUCGGCACUUCCGACUGCUCGCUGCGCAAAGCGGUGCUCUCCGCCUCGCCGGAGUCAGGACCCAACUCCAUUGUGGCUGCUUUCAUAAUCCGCCGGUCUAAGCCUGAACUGGCGCUCUGGAGGUCCGGGAUGAAGUCAUGGCGCGUCUGCCGUCACGCUCUGCUCGCUGGGCACGUCGACAUCGCCUUCUAUCAAGGGAAGCUGUACAUGCUCUGGAGGUUCAUGCCAUGCCUCUUCUCCUUCGAGCUCGGCGAGGACGAGCGUGGGGUCACCGUCUCUCACAUGAAGGACUUUAUGAUCGAGAAGCUCCUCCCUAGCACUCUUGGGCUGUAUCAUGAGUUGAGCUGCAACAUGGUGGAGUGGAGCGGAAGACUGUUAUUAAUCAUCAGAUACUAUGGUGGUUACCAACCCAGGAGCAGAGUUAAGGUCAAAGUGUUCGCGGUGGACUUGAGCACGUACCCAGUUGGACUCGCUGAGAUCCGCAGCUUCGGCAGCGACUGCAUCUUUCUUGGCUCAGGCGGGGGCAAAACCUUUCCUGCUGGUCAGCACGGCGGAGUUGAAGGUAACCUUAUCUACUUUGGUCCCGAUCAUUACAACUCUCAUGAGGCAUUUGUGUACAGCAUGAGAGAUGGUAUGACAGGGCCCAUUGUUCAACCAUUACCUUGUGGCACUCGCGCAUCGGAGCGCAAAAUCGGUUUCCCGGUGUGGUUGUUUCCUUCCGAAUGAUGUGCUUCAGGAGAAGAAAUCUACUGGGUGGUCAGGUGCUGCGGUUUGCUCUCAGAAAUUCUUGGUGCUGUGAUGCAUGGGUGUUUUGUAACUCUAUCUGUAGGAGGGUUAUGCAUGUUCAUUCCGUUCUCAUAUUCCUGCCUUGUAUGGUAGUGAGGGAUAAGCUUAACUGCGGAAGAACUGAGAUCAUCAGCAGAAAUGGAUUUCUGCAAUGCUUUUGUACAUGCCUCAAAUGGUCUACAUGCAAGUUUUAAAUUGGCACA